AAAAAAAAGGGGCGAGCGACGAGGGAGGGACGAACGACGGCGAAGAUAAAGAGGAACAACAGUCCUUUUGUAUGUGUUAAAUAUAUUGUUACCGAAAGCUUAAACCCUGCAAGGGUGUGUGCUGUUUUUGUUUGUCAGUUUUGAGAGCACUGUGCUUUUCUCCGCCGUUUGGCAAUGGCGGCGGUGGCGAACAGAGACCAAACUCAAAGCAUUGUAUUCACCAAGCAGCUCUUCAUCGAAGAUGUGGGGCCGCGGCGAUUAAAAAGCAUGCAGUUUACCACUCUUUCUGGGUCGGAAAUCAGCAAAUUGGCCGAAGUUCAAGUGUGGAAAGGCCAAUAUUAUGAUUCCAAUCGGAAACCAAUAGAAAACGGCUUAUUGGAUCCCCGGAUGGGUCCUCCAAAUAAGAACUCCAAAUGUGCAACAUGCCAUGGCAGUUAUGCUGAGUGUCCAGGUCACUACGGAUACUUGAAGCUGGCUCUUCCUGUUUAUAAUGUUGGUUAUAUAAGCAGUAUAGUUGAUAUUUUGAAGUGUAUUUGUAAGAACUGUUCUCGUAUACUUUUGGAGGAUGAACGACGUCAAAAGCUUUUGAAGAAGAUGAGAAGUCCUAAGAUGGAUGCUUUGAAGAAGACUAGACUGAUGAAGGAUAUAGUCAAGGACUUGUCAAAUAAAGCAAUAAAGUGCUAUAGAUGUGGAUAUGUUAAUGGCAAAGUGAAGAAAAGUACAGCCAGUCAGGGUGUUAAAAUUUUUCAUGAUCGUUCCAGACUUUUUGAUGGUUUAGAAGACUACAAAUCAGCAAUUUCUCACAUAAAAGAUUCCAAAAUAUCUUUAGAUAUGUCUAAUCACGUUAUUAACCCUGCUAUGGUUCAUUUUCUGUUUAAAAGGAUGCUUGAUGAGGACUGUGAGCUGCUUUAUCUUUCUGAUAGACCAGAGAAACUCAUGAUGGUGAAUAUUGCUGUGCCGCCUAUACCAAUCCGCCCUUCUGUUAUUGCAGAUGGAGAUCGGAGCAAUGAAAAUGACAUUACCGAGCGGUUGAAGCGAGUUGUUCAAGUGAAUGCUAGUCUUCAACAGGAGUUAUUAGAAGCAAAUUGUGCAGCACGUCUGUCGGGAUGGGAUGAUCUUCAAGUUGAGGUUGCCCAAUACAUAAAUAGUGAUGUUCGUGGUGGUCCUUUUGCCAUGCAAGUUGCAAAGCCGAUGGGUGGUUUUGUCCAGCGUCUCAAAGGGAAGCAAGGGCGAUUUCGUGGGAACUUAUCAGGGAAGCGUGUUGAAUAUACUGGCAGAACUGUCAUCUCACCUGACCCUAAUCUGAAAAUCACUGAGGUUGCAAUCCCAAUACAUAUGGCUAGAAUCUUGACUUAUCCAGAACGAGUUUCCUAUCACAAUAUUGAGAAGUUGAGGCAGUGUGUCAGCAAUGGCCCUGAUAAGUAUCCUGGUGCAAGGAUGCUAAGACGUGCGGAUGGUUCUCAAUGGAAUUUAAAUGUUGCAAGAAAGCGCCGGGCAGAUGAAUUAAAAUAUGGUGAUAUUGUUGAUCGUCAUUUAGAAGAUGGGGACAUCGUUCUCUUUAACAGACAACCAAGCUUGCAUCGGAUGUCUAUCAUGUGUCAUAGGGCAAGGGUUAUGCCUUGGAGAACUUUACGCUUUAAUGAAUCUGUGUGCAACCCAUAUAAUGCUGAUUUUGACGGUGAUGAAAUGAAUAUGCAUGUUCCACAAACAGAGGAGGCUCGAACAGAGGCAAUUCUACUGAUGGGGGUGCAAAACAAUUUAUGCACGCCAAAAAAUGGAGAGAUUUUGGUUGCUUCUACUCAAGAUUUUUUAACAUCUUCUUUUCUCAUCACAAGGAAGGACACAUUUUAUGAUCGUGCAGCUUUUUCUCUCAUGUGUUCAUACAUGGGGGAUGGUAUGGAUCAUAUUGAUUUGCCAACGCCUGCUGUAAUUAAGCCUGUAGAGCUCUGGACAGGGAAGCAAUUAUUUAGCAUUCUAGUGCGCCCAGAUGCAAAUGUGAGAGUCUUUUUGAAUCUGACUGUUAGGGAGAAAAACUACACCAAGCUCCUAGUAAAUGGAAGGGAAAUUGAAGCAUUAUGCCCUAAUGACGGGUUUGUUUAUUUCCGUAACAGUGAGCUGAUAUCUGGGCAGCUUGGGAAGGCAACUUUAGGAAAUGGCAAUAAGGAUGGACUUUACUUUGUACUUCUCAGAGACUACAAAACUCAUGCUGCUGCUGCUUGCAUGAAUCGCCUGGCUAAAUUAAGUGCACGGUGGAUUGGUAAUCAUGGAUUCUCAAUUGGAAUUGAUGAUGUCCAGCCAAGUAAAAGAUUGCAUGAUCAGAAGCAAGAGCUAAUUUUGGAAGGUUAUGGUAAAUGUGAUGAGAAAAUAAAUUUAUAUAAUGAAGGAAGUCUACCACCUGAACCUGGAUGUAAUGCUGCUCAGACACUAGAGGCUAAAAUAUCGCAAAUAUUAAAUGGUAUCAGGGAUGCAACUGGGAAGUUGUGCAUGCAAGAAUUACAUUGGAGAAAUAGUCCCUUGAUCAUGUCCCAGUGUGGUUCCAAAGGAUCUCCUAUCAAUAUCAGCCAAAUGAUUGCCUGUGUUGGUCAGCAAUCAGUUGGUGGUCGUCGUGCACCUGAUGGAUUCAUAGAUCGAAGCCUUCCUCACUUUCAUAGAAAUCAAAAAACCCCUGGAGCUAAAGGCUUUGUUGCUAAUUCUUUCUACAGUGGCUUGUCAGCUACUGAGUUUUUCUUCCAUACAAUGGGAGGGCGAGAAGGUCUAGUGGAUACAGCGGUAAAAACAGCUGAUACUGGGUACAUGUCUCGUAGACUGAUGAAAGCUAUGGAAGACUUAUGUGUCCAUUAUGACGAUGCAGUGCGGAAUGCAAGUGGAUGCAUUGUUCAAUUCCGCUAUGGAGAUGAUAAUAUGGAUCCUGCAAAUAUGGAAGGGAAAAAUGGAGCUCCUUUAAAUUUUGAACGGUUAUUUUUGAAAGCAAAGGCCACAUGUCCUGCUGGAGAAAAUGAAAAACUAUCUCCCGAAAAAGUGUCUGAAAUAGUGGAGAGCAGGAUUUCACAACAAGAUAUGACUCCUGAGUGGGGUUGCUCUUUAGCCUUUAAAACUUCUCUGAAGUGUUUCCUGGAUGAAUACGUUAUGGCACUAAAAAGAACACAGGAAAGAUUUGGAUUGAUUGAAAGUCUUGCUGCGAUGGAAAACUUUGAAACUGUAGAAAAGAUUGUCCUUCAUAUAUCUGGAGUGACUGCUAGACAAUUAGAGGUUUUCCUAGAUACGUGUAUCUCCCGUUAUCAUAUGAAAAAAAUUGAACCUGGAACUGCUAUUGGAGCAAUUGGAGGCCAUAGUAUUGGAGAGCCAGGGACGCAGAUGACAUUAAAAACUUUUCACUUUGCUGGAGUUGCAAGCAUGAACAUUACACAGGGAGUUCCUCGUAUUAAAGAAAUAAUAAAUGCAGCAAAAAAGAUCAGUACUCCUGUCAUCACUGCAACUCUCGAGUGCGACGAUAAUGUUAAUGUUGCACGGGUGGUAAGAGGUCGAAUUGAGAAAACAAGGCUAUGUGAUGUUGCUAAGACUUUAAAGACUGUAAUGACUAACCGAUCAGCAGCAAUAGUUAUCACACUGGACAUGGACAUGAUUCAGGACGCACAGUUGUCUAUAGAUGCUAAUGUUGUACAAGAAUCAAUCCUAAAAACACCAAAAAUCAAACUGAAGCAAGAGCAUAUUAAAGUUUUGGAGGUUAAGAAACUAGAAAUUCUUCCCCAAGAGGUAGAUAGAAGUAAAAUCCAUUUUAACCUCAACUAUCUCAAAAGUAUUCUCCCAACAGUUAUAGUAAAGGGUAUAAAAACUAUUGAGCGGGUCAUUAUUAAGAAAGAAGAAGAUAAAAAAACACAGAUGAGUAAAUGCAAGUUACUCGUAGAAGGAACGGGUCUUCUAGAUGUUAUGGGCACAGAAGGAGUAGAUGGCCGUAAUACCACAAGUAAUCAUAUCAUUGAAGUAUAUCAGACACUUGGGAUUGAAGCAGCGAGGAAAUGUAUCAUUAAUGAGAUAGAAGAAACUAUGAAAAGUCAUGGAAUGAGCAUAGAUAAUCGGCAUAUGAUGCUUCUGGCAGAUGUAAUGACAUUUAGGGGAGAGGUCCUUGGAAUCAACAGAUUUGGCAUUCAAAAUAUGGACAAAAGCAUAUUGAUGUUAGCUUCAUUUGAGAAGACGGCAGAUCAUUUAUUCAAUGCUUCUGUAAAUGGAAGAGUUGACAAUAUUGAAGGAGUUUCUGAAUCCAUAAUCAUGGGUAUGCCAGUGCAGAUAGGCACCGGAUUGUUCAAAGUUAAACAAAGAGUUGAUGUGCCUUCAGAUCUUUGUUAUGGUCCGGAUCCGAUUUUACGGAGUUGAAGUCAUUCCUUUACAGAUGAAAUUUUGAUGCAUUACUAACUUGCAGCUAUAUAAUCUAAUGGAAAUUUUGUUCAUUCUCUUGUAGUUUCCUGGUCAGUAUGUAUAUAUAAACUUAUGAAAAAGUUGCUUUUUUGAGGCAGCGGUUAGUUGCAUGAAUCGUCUACGAUAAUACAGUUCGUUUUUGGAUGCACGAUUUUUUGUAAGGGAGUUCAUAAUUUUAGCUGAUCCAACGAAAUCAACCCAACCAAACCAUUCCAACCCUAUAUAACAAAAUUUUGAAUUUGUACA